UAGAUUUGGUCCUCCACAAAAAUGCUUUAGAUUCCAUUUUAAAUGACAUGUAAUCACAUGACAACAGGACCAAAAAAGGAACACUUUUGGAGUGUUUAAGCCUUCUCUUUGCUUCUUUUCAGACAAUAUUCUUGGGGAAACUACAGUGUAUAAAUGAUUCUUGAGAAGUGCUCAGUUGCUUGGAAACCCAUGGCAACACUGUCCACGGCACACCAGCAGGCCUCCAAGCCGAGGGUGUUCUUUAUCAGCUCAGUGAAAGGCGCCACCUCUUAAAAAGACUUUAUUUAACUGAGACUAAAAGCACUGAAAGAAACUGGCACUAAAACAAGGCUGUUUGUCCCCAAAUACAAAAGUAACACUUGCGGAAUUUUCCGUUCCCAUUCACCAAUCCACAUUUGCAUUCACUAAUUAAGGGACACACUGUGAUUAUUUUACACAGAUUAUUAUAGUCGUUAUUCGUAUUUCAGCAUGUUGUCCAAACCUACAUUCUGCAGUUGUUUAUGUGAGGAUUGCAGGAUAUUGUGAAACAUUAAAUGUCAGAUCCUUCUUCUGCACAGUCGUGUAAUUCGGGUACUCAGAAGUAGCUCUUAAAUUAUGUCCCCAGCUCUGCUGCACGAUUACACCUAGGCUUUCCUUUAGCUUUGUUGUUACUGUUUAGCAAGAAGUGUAGAUGAGUGCUGCUGACUCCUUUUCUGUAGUACAGUAAGACUCUUAGUGUAAAGUCUUGUUGAUUUACUAAUGCUUUUACUUUUACUGUAAAUCCUCUCCAUUAUCGCUGUUCCCACGUUGAACUGAAGGUGCUACGUUGCCAGGAGAUGGAAUUGCUGAUUGGUGAGAGUAUGAGACAAGAGUCCUCCCCCACAUCCUCAUCUCAUAUCCUCACUCUGUGUGAGUUGAAGAGGUGGUGAGGAUAAGUACUUGCCCACCUUCCUUGUUCUCUCUGUGUAAACUAGCCUCGGCCUCGCUGCUGUAGUCCUGCAUUCAGGCCUGACCACAUGACUGAGGACAACUGAGAAAGGAUCUGUACAGAGGGGUUAGUUCUGAGGGGAUUCGAGAUGCAAGACAACUUAGACAGGAUUUUAUUCUAUGCUACAUCCUCCUUGACAUGUGAACACUGAAAAUCUCAUGGUUAUUUAAGUGAAGAAGCAAUUAGGUUGUCAGUGUUGCUGUGUGAGAGUUUGUGUUCUGGGUCUGCUUCAUGUAAAAGGGUUGUCCUAUGAAUGUCUGGAGCCGCCCACAGAGCUGUCUGGCUGCCAGAUGUACGGUACUUCUCCGCUUCCCCCACGGGAGCUCCAACUUCAACUCUGCUGGAAGAGGUCUGAAAUGAAGAAGCAAAAAGCAAAGGAUAUCGGGACAACCGGCAGAUCCUCUGUGCGGAUUAUGGGCACUACUGCUAGUGCAGGGUCUCAGCCUGCAUCAGUGACUCCUACACAUCUAAUUGAUCAGCAAGCUGGUGACAUAGCAGAAGACAAGCGCUCUGUGAGCACCAGCUCUUUGCAGACUCUGAACAUUCCCAACAGCAAGGCCAAGUCCAUUAUCACAAACAAGGUGGCCCCCGUUGUUAUCACGUAUAACUGCCGAGAAGAGUUUCAAAUUCAUGAUAGUAUCCUCUCAGCUAACUACUCUGUAGGAAAAAUAUCUGAUACACUGCCCGAACAUUACCUAGUGCUGGGGGAGUUUUUUAUGGUGCAGGAUGUGAACAGUGGAGCAGAUGUCUUGAACACUACAGGAAGCUACGGGGCCCCUAACUUCCGGAAAGCAAAGGAAAACUACCCUCUGUUUGGAAUGGGCCAGGCCAGCCUGAACGGCUUCAAACAGCUCCUCCAGAGGCUAGAGAGUGAAGCUUAUGAGGAAGUGAUAUUCUUCUGUGUGCGGGAAGAACCUGUUGUUUUCCUGCAUGUGGAUAAAGACUUUAUUCCAUACACUCCCAGGAGGAAAGAAAACCUCAAUGAAAACCUUAAUGACCUGAGAUUUUUGGCCAGAGCAGAGCAGCUAGAGCUCUCUAUCAGAAAAGAGUUGUGUGACUUUGCUAAACUCGGUGAGAACAUCUUCUAUGUUUACAAUGACACCGAAAGCUUCAAAGAUGAGCCACAACAUGUCAAGAUUAUGUCUGAGGAGGACAUACAUGUAACCGAGGAGGUUUACAGAAGACCACAGUUCAUUUUGUCUUCUUACAGAUAUUACAGACUUCCAUUACCUACAGAAGGAGCACCACUGGAGGAGGAUUUUGAUGCUUUUGUAAAUGUGCUUAGGAAAUGUCCUAGCUUAUCAAUAUUGCGUGAUAGCUCCAGGCCUCUGCCUGCAAUGCUAUUCAGCUGCCAGGUGGGAGUAGGGCGAACCAACCUCGGCCUUAUCCUUGGAGCACUAGUCUUUCGUCAUCUACACAAGACAGCUAAUAACACCAGGGAAGAGGACGCACCCGUCAAACAGCAGCCAGAGUUUCAAGUCAUUCAGAAUCUGAUCAGUUGUCUCCCCAACGGUCAACAAGUGCUUGAUGAGGUCAACAGAGCUAUUGAAAUGUGUUCAGAAAUGCACAAUGUCAAGGAUGCAAUAUAUGAAAAUAAAAGAAAAAUGGAAGCAGUUUUUGAGGAUUACCAGAUAAAAGGAAGCAGUACAAAGGCAUAUUUCUUGCAAAGGACCCUGCAGAGUCUUGAGUCUUAUUUCUAUUUAAUAGUGUUUAAUGCAUAUCUUCAUGAUCAGUAUCCGCAGAUGUUUGCCCAGAGUUUCAGUCAGUGGCUUUGUGUGAAUGCAUGGAUCUACAGGCUCCUUGGUAAUAUGAACUGUUCUGAGCUCUUAGCACCAGCCAGCCUAGUCACUGAUGGAACCAGGAUACUGGUGGCCAGUGAGUUUUUGGCACCAGAUGUACUUGGUACAGCCAAGGAAAUGAGGGUGGCCAACUUCAGACGAGUUCUUAAGACAUCUGUGUAUGGUAUGGCCCAGCCAAACUCUGAGGGUGUUUCUGUUGUGUUAUCUUACCUCACGGAUGAGCGACGGAAGCAUUCCAGCAUUGUAUGGGUGAAUCUGCAAGAGGAACUGAUUCUGGAAGGUAAUGGGCAGAUGUUCACCACUCGAGAGCCAAGCAGUCUGGAGCAACCAAUCCAAGUGUGUGUGCAGAACUCACAACAACAUGAGAUGCUAGAGCUGGCACUAAAGGAGGAAAUUCUCAAGUCUGAGAAGUGGCUUGAGGUAGUGAUUGAACAGGAGAAGCAGAUGAGAAUGCUGAAAAGCUGUCAUACUGUCCAGGAUGUCUUUGCCAACCAAAAGAGCUUUCACCCAGGCCUCACGUAUCAGCGUAUCCCUCUUACUGAUUGUUCUGCUCCGAACGAGGAGUUUUUUGACCGGCUAUUAGAGACCAUGAAGAGCAGUCUUGGUCAGGAUCCCAGCUCAGCUUUUAUCUUCAACUGCAGUGAUGGGAAAGAGCGAACCACCACUGCUAUGGUCAUCGCAACGCUUACUCUCUGGCACUUCAAUGGCUUUCCUGACUGUGUGGAUGAAGAAAUUGUAAGUGUCCCUGAUGCAAAGUACACAAAAGGAGAGUUUGAGGUGGUGAUGCAGGUGGUCAGACUGCUACCUGAUGGUCACCGUAUGAAAAGAGAGGUGGACAUGGCACUAGACGCUGUCAGUGAGACUAUGACUCCAAUGCAUUACCACUUACGGGAGAUCAUUAUAUGUUCAUAUAAACAGAUCAAAACAGCAAAAUCAGAAACUGAACUGCAGCAGUUACGUCUGAGAAGCCUGCAGUACCUGGAGCGCUAUAUUUAUCUCAUCUUAUUCAACAGCUACCUCCACCUGGAGAAGAAAGACUCCUGGAGAAGACCAUUCAGCCUGUGGAUGUACCAGGUGGCAGCACGAGCUGGCAUCUAUGACAUCCUCAACCAGCUGGGCUUCCUUGAGUUUGAAGCAUCUAAGACUUGUCCACUGGCUAGACUACGCUACCGCUGGAGACAAUAUAACGCUUAUUCACUGCCCAUCCGUGGAGAGCUCGUCUAACGAAAUGCUAGUUUUUUUUUUUUGUUUGUUUGUUUUUUACAGAUGAUUGAGAUUGGACUGGUUAACUAUUCGGGACACUAUUUUAGGUUUGAUGAGCAGUCAGGUUAUUUGAGCAAGACCCUUAACCCCCUAACUGCUAGGCUCAAACAUCACUUUGAAUGAAUGUGCCUGUAAAAGUGAAUAAAUGUAAAUCAUGUUUCUCAACAAAAUGAUGAUUAUUCCUUGAUGUAUGAAAAGGAAUUAAAAUUCUGAGGUUGUGUAAA